GAAAGAGGAAGGAAGGUUUAUUCACAAGACAACUGGGUAGAAGUGUAUAGCUGUGUUGAAAGGCACAACACUCAAAAUAACAAAGGCUUUUUAUUUUCUGCAAUGACUGGCAACCAAUAUAAAACAGUGAAGAAGAUGGUGGCCGUGACAUUCUUGUUCCUCUGCUUCUGGGCUGCAGGUGACCUCAGCCGUAUCCAGGUUACUCUGGAGCCAGACAGGCCCUCUCUGAGGGUGCAGCUCUCUCAUACCGCCUCCCUGCGCUGCUGCUACUCAGUCACAGGGGGAGCCGUGGACACCAUCUGGGCCACCAGCCCCCACACGGUCAAAGGCACGGACAUCCUUCGGGGAGUGGACCGGAGAGACAACCGUGUGACGGUGGAUGGGGGGAACCUGACGGCGGCAGGGGUCAUGUGUCACACACUGAUCCUUAGGGAGGCCCGUCUGAACGACUCGGGGUUGUACCAGUGUUUCCUCAACCACAGCGCCCUGCGGCCCUCUGUAUACACGCACGGCACCUUCCUGCAUGUCUACAGGCCGAUGGUGAAGAUUCUGGACAUCAGUGAAAGCACAAAGAACAGCAUCCUGACUGCUGAGGGAAUGUUACUGAUGCUGGCGAUGCUUCUGCAUGGGACCAUGAUGCUCUGUAAGACGAAGAAACUCAAUCAACUGAAGAAGAAAAGGGUCAAAGAGGAAGAGGAGAAUAUCUAUGAGGGUCUAAAUCUGGAGGAAUGCUGUUCCACAUAUGAUCAGAUCCAGCGCUCUCUGGUGCAGGGCCCCUACCAAGACGUGGGAAACAUGAUUAUGGAGGAGGAGGAAAUCCAACUGGAGAAGCCUUAAAUGAGAGGGGGAAGGAAGGAGGGGGAGGAAGAGAGAGGGUGGGAGAAGAGAAGUCAUUUGAUAGAACAGAAUUGUGGUGAGGGUUUUAAUAGGAAUUUUCUUAACUGCCCCCCCAACCCCCUUAUGUUUGAAUUUAUAGAGGUGACCUGCAUUUUCCUUGCAGCCUUUGCUUAUAUUUGAAUCUAAUUUCUUGGUGGACCAAAAAGACAGUAACCUACAAUGUCAGAGGGCAUUUUGCUUUCAAUUUAGCCUUUCAUUACCACUGCCAAUACCUAACCACUUUAUAUUCAUAAGAGAUUUUUUUCUUCUGCAUGUUUGCAUUUUCUAUGCUUUGUGUAUGCAUUGGCCAAAUGUUUUUUUUCUCUCUCCAAUCUCCAUAAUUCAAGGCCUGGAUUGUGCGUUGUAAAUAAAAUUAUAAAAAUGA